AUGAAAAAGUAAUCAUAAAAGUAUUCAAAAACAGAGCCCUCUGUUAGAAGAUCUAAUAAAUCACCUACAAGUCCAAGUGGGAAUCCAAAACCAGAUGAUCUUCUAACUCAAAGUUAAGUAAAUUAAGAACUCUAAAAAACAUAAUAAUCUUUUCGUAGUUCAACUGGCCAUUAAGGAUAGACUCCUUCUAUAAGGUAAACUAAAAAGUUAUUGCAGUAGUUCUAAAGUGACACAAUCAGUAACAUCUCCUGUUAGGAAUUAGCAGAAAAGACCUUCACAAAUAAUCUCAAAACAGUAAUUACAAAAUAUGCAUGAACGUUCAGUAAUAAAAGUUCUUGGUAUGAACAUGGAAGCCGUAUGUCCAAAAAAGAAUCAUGAGAAAAAUAAAAUGCUUUAUAUUUGUUAAUAUGGGGAUUGUAAGGCAGACAGCAGAUUAGGAUGCUCAUAUUGUUUGGUAGAAUCUCAUAAUGAUCAUUCUUCAUAAAUUAUGGAAGUUUAAACCUUUUGUAAGAUAUUUGAUGAUAGAAAAAAGCAAGUAUAUUCAAAAAUGAUUAUUUAGUUUAAAAAUAUGUGUGAGACUAUCCUACAAGUACCAGACAUGACAGCUUAAGUAAAUAAUUACUUUGAAUAAUUAAGAGAUCAACUAGUUGAUAGAUUAAAGUAAAUAGAAAAGAAUAUUUUGGAAUCUAUAUAGGAAUAAUUGGCAUGGAAGCCAUUAUAAAAGGAAAUUACAAAUAGAGUAGAUGCUAUAAGUUCCAAACUCAUUUUUGAUAUGACAUAGGAUGAAUUAAAAGAGAGUUUAGAAUUCAUUUAGGGUAAACAUUUUAAAGAGCUUGAAUAUAUAAAAUAAGAGACAAAUAAUUAUUUAACUUAAAAAAUAGCUUUAGUCGAACAAAUUUGGAAUGAUUAUAAAACUUAAUUAUAAACAGAUUUAACUCAUUAAGUUAAUGAUUACAAUAAAAUAAUAUUUGUGGAUCCAAAAAGCAAAGAGUUUGCAGAAUAUAAAAUGAAGUUUUUUGAAUAAAAACAAGUUAAAAUAAAUGAAUUUAGUUAGCCAUUCCAAUAAAAAUUAGAAAUGUUUUAGGAAGAAGAAAGAUAAGUAGAAUUAAAAAAAUAAGAAGAAAUAAAAAAGCAAAAAUAAAUAGAAUAAAGAAGGAAAGAAGAGGAGAUGAAAAAAGUAAAAGAAAGAUAGAAAUAAUUAGAAGAACAAAUUAUAAAAUAAAAAGAAGUUCAAAAAAAUUCUGAAAGAUAAAGUGAAAGAGAUAGAUAGCUUAAAAAUUUCCCCUACAAAUUAUACACUGAAGAUUGUGGACAUCGAACAAAUUGUAAUACAAUACCUAUUUUUUCAUGCUGUAAUAAAGCAUAUCCAUGUUCAUAAUGUCAUGGAUACUUGGCCCAUCCACCACGAAUUUAAGUACCAAGCUAUAGAUAUUGUAUGAAAUGUCUUGAAAUUUAUUUGGUUAUGUACCCAACAAAUUAGGCUAUUAACUGCUUGAAGUGCUAAAAAUGA